UAGUGUUAUUGAAGUAGAUAUGCUGGUUCAGUUUUGGAUCGCUCAUAGGUUUAUUCCAUCUCAAACUGGAAAAGACAUAGACGUUGAAGGCCAUGAGAUUUUCAGUGAAUUGAUAUGGAGAUCUCUUCUGCAAAAUGUUACUGAUAUGAGUGCUGGUAUCACCCAUUAUUAUAGCUCUGACGGUAUUUAUCAUGGUCAUCGCAGAUUUUGUAAGAUGCAUGAUCUCAUACAUGACCUUGCACAAUUUGUUACUGGAGAUGAGUGCUCCACAUUGCCUGGAAGUAACGAAUUCAAGAAAAUUUCAAAAAGGAUCCGUCAUUUCACAUUAAAUCCUGAUGUAGGAUAUGAUAUGGGUGAUCGCACUCCUAGUGUUCGCACUGCAUUACCUGUUGGAACAAACUUCAUUGGAUUGUCAAAGUUGAAGUUGGUCAGAGUGUUAAAGUUUCAUUAUGAAGCAAAUGUUGACGAGCUGUCUACAUCAAUACAAUAUUUGCUGCAUCUAAGAUAUCUCAAUUUUUCUGAGACUUACAUAACAGAACUACCAGAAUCAAUCUGCAUGCUUGUUAAUUUGCAAACAUUGAAUCUGAAUGAUUGUUCUCAACUUGCUAAACUUCCCAUGAGCAUAGUGUACAUGAACAGUCUUAGACAUCUUUAUAUUAGUAGGUGUCCAAAACUAAAAAUCAUGCCGUCUGGUUUAAGUCGAUUGCGUUGCUUGAAAACAUUGACAAAAUACAUUGUCUCUGAGAAAGCGGGGAACAAGAUAGGAGAGUUAAAGCAUUGGAAUCUUGACGGUGAACUUGGGUUGUAUGACCUCCAUGAGGUGAAGAAUGCGGAUGAGGCAAAAGAAGCUAAUAUGAGUAGCAGACAAAGCAUUUACUCAUUGUCCCUGUCUUGGGGAACAUCAGUGGAAAAUCCAGAACAAGUGUUGGAAGCCCUGAAACCUCACGCCGCAUUAAAACUGCUUAGUCUGCAUGAUUAUCCGGGCACACAGUUUUCAACGUGGAUUAGAGACGAACAGCAACUUCAAAAUCUGGUUAGGGUCCAAUUAGAAGGUUGCCAAAGAUGUGAACAACUCCCGCCCCUUGAGCAAUUACCGUAUCUUGAAGAACUCACUAUUAGUAGAAUGGAUGGCAUCAAACACAUUAUUAAUAACACCACAGGCGAUGCAUUUUCUUUAUUCCCUGAAUUGAGGUUCCUUAACUUGAAAGAAAUGGCUAACCUGGAGGGGUGGUACGUGGAGGAGGAUAGAGAAACGGCUCCACCCUUGUUUCCACGCCUUAAGAAUUUGAUUAUUUCUCAAUGCCCAAAAUUGACAAACAUGCCACCACAAAUUUCAACUCUCGAAUACUUAGAAAUAGAAGAAUCAUACCGCGGGACACAAAUUGAGCUCUUGUCCAAGGGGAAGGGGUUCUUCAAGCAUUUGAAAUCUCUUGAGCGGUUGUUGCUAACUAAAUGUGAGGAGUUGGCUUUGCUGCUGGAAGACAAGGAGGAGACAAGACCCUUAAGCUCAUCACUUCAUUCUUUAAGUAUUAAUGAUUGCAGUAGGUUCUCAUUAUCAGCGGCUUUGCAGAACCUUACCUCUCUUGAAAGACUCUCGAUGCAUCAUUUUGAAGAGCUGGUGUCCUGGCCAGAUGAGAUGUUUAGAGGUCUGGAGUCCAUCAGGUCUCUAAUUAUUUGGUCAUGUAAGAAUUUGACAAGUGCAUCAUCACAAGGAGAUUGUGGUCCACUGUUUCUAGAGGAUCUUUGUGUUUCUAAUUGUGAUGCGCUGAUAGAAUUGCCCAAGUGCCCCACAUCACUCAAAAAGUUGGUUGUGUCCAAUUGUCUAAGUAUCAAAUCUUUAUGUUCAGAUAUGGGACACCUCACUGCAUUAGCCCAUUUAGAGUUAUUUGAAUGUCCUAAACUGGAGUCUCUGCCAGAAGGGAUGCAAGGCCUCACUUCCCUUAAGUAUCUAUAUAUUCAAGAUUGUCCAGCGCUGAAGUCAUUCCCACAAGGCCUCCAACAGCUGCUUCCUACUCUUAAAUUGCUUAAAAUCAAUGGAUGCCCUAAGCUAGAGAGGCGAUGCAGUCCAGGAGGAGACUAUUUUCGCCUUGUCUCUAGCAUCUCAGAAAAAUCCAUAAAAAACAGCCCCAGGAGGACACUAAUAGCACCUUGUCUUUAAGGUCAUGAAAACAUAAAUGUUUUGAAGAAUGAGCAAGGCACCGGAUAUCUACAAUCAGAAUGCAUCAAAAGAGUUUCACUAGCAAAUAUUAAUUAGUUCAGUUAGCAAGUCUGAUGCUGGGUGUCAUACCUGUGAAUAUGUUUAUUGCCUCAAGAUCACAAUCACACAAUUGCAAGGAAAUAGAGGAAAAGACGCAUCUUUCCCAGUGAUCUCAUGUCUUUUAAUGUACAGAAAUCUUGAGGUGUACUCUUGCUAGUUCUCAUUUAUGCAGCUUCACUGGAUUGAUCCCAUUGGCCAAACCAUCUUCCAGCCAUUUAUCAUUAACUACACUGAAACAAAAGGGACCAAAGUUCAUUCUCAAGAGCGUGAUGCCCAGGAGAUUCAUGUAUCGUUUUCUACAAGAAUUUGGAGUUUUUUCCCUUAAAAGAUUUGGACUUGUAUUUGCUUGAAUUUAUGAUAUGCUUGUCUCAUAGUUGAUGCUAUCUAUUACUAAGCAAAUCUCCUAAGGAUAUAUACCCAGCUUGUUGAAGAUAAAAUCCCCUUGGAGAAAUCAAUCAAUUGGCUUGUUUUUCCUGAUUUAACUUUUUAGGAAGGAUUUGGAGUUAUGUAGGAGGUUGUUUCUUGGCAACAAGAAGAAAGAUCACAUUAUAGCUGAAUCCUCAGUUGCUGUUAUCUAUCAUCAGCAAAUAGCAGAAGCUCUUUGCGUGGAGAAUCUAAGUCAUUGUUACAUGUUUCGACCUAUAGAAUGAGUUUGAGAAUGUGAAAAUUAACCCUUUCUUUUUGUCUUUCUGAUUUCAGAAUCAAUUAUAAUGAUGGGACUCUUCUA